AUUGCUAUUUCUAUGCUACUUGAAUUUAUUUUGUGUUAUAGCUCCUCGACUUUUGUGGAAAGUUAUCCAAUAAUGUCAGUUAUUGAAAUAAAAUAAUAACGUUGCGAUUUGUUAAUUCGUUUGACUAUUUAAAACGCUUUCAUGUUUUUUUUUCUCAUGUUUCCUUUACAAUUGUGAUAUUUAGGAAGCCCUGACCUUAUCCUUCAUAGAGAUUAAAAUCAGCAAUGCCAGCUCAGAGAGAACUUUCUCAACAUUACGUUGCAUCAAAACGUGGCUGCAAACUACAAUGAUGGAGUGAUGACUUGAGGGGCUUGCUCUUCUUCAUCCCGGCGGAGGGGUCGCGGAGAGGCAACAGCUGAGAGCGGUAUUGAUCGCCGAGAGCUGUUGGCGGGCGAGGCUGGCUGCUGGACCCUAUCCCGGCAGUGCAGUGCGGGCGGGCGGGACGCGCGCACAUGACUCCUCGCAGCCGUGGCGUGAGCUCGGCCGAGGUUCUGGGCGAAAACUGCCGGGCGCGAUGGCGGUGAGGAUCCUGGACGAGCGCCACCUGGCCAUCAGCGCCAUCGUGACGGUGGCGAUGCAGCUGGUCUUCUUCGCGGUCGCCGCCACCUUCCAGAUGGACAAGCUGACCGACCUGGCCGGCGGCGUCAACUUCAUCGUCCUGGCGCUGCUCACCUUCUUCCUGUCGCAGACGUACGACAGCAGACAGCUGAUGGUGACGAUAUUCAUCUGUCUGUGGGGCGUGCGGUUGUCUGGUUACUUGCUGUACAGAAUCAUUAAGAUUGGACGCGACAAACGUUUCGACGACAAGAGAAGCAACGUCAUCCGUUUCGCUGUUUUCUGGACAUUCCAGGCGGUGUGGGUGUUCGUGGUGAGCCUGCCGGUGAUCCUCAUCAACGCGCCGCACAACACGGUGUCGCCGCCGCCGGCCGCCGGGACCCCGCGCACGGGCUCCCCGCGCACCAUGACCACGCUCGACUCGGCCGGCACUGGCAUGUUCGUCAGCGGCCUGCUGGCCGAGACCUACGCCGACCUGCAGAAGUUCUCCUUCCGCCAGGACCCGGCCAACAAGGGCAAGUGGUGCAACGACGGCUUGUGGAGAUUGUCAAGACACCCGAAUUACUUUGGUGAAAUAAUACUGUGGUGGGGUAUCUUUAUUAUAUCCACAAAUGUUAUACAUGGGAUAGAGUGGAUUGCCAUUCUCUCGCCUAUCUUCACAACACUGAUCAUCCUGUUCCUGUCUGGCAUGCCACUACUGGAGAAGUCUUCCGAUGAUAAGUACAGAGAUAACUCCGAGUACCGCUACUACAAGGCAUCGACGUCCCCGCUAAUCCCCAUACCGCCGUCAUUCUACGUAGAGGUGCCGUGGUUCCUCAAGUUCCUGCUGUGCUGCGAGUACCCGUUGUACGACUCGUUGGACGUGCCCACGCCCACCGUCGUCACUGAGUCGACGAGCAUCUCGCCCAGCCAGUCGCAGGCACCGGCGUAGCUGUAGCCGCCGGCUGGUCUCCGCACAGCCGGUCCCGGCGGCUGCUCCGCCACGGCUUUGUGAUGCGCGGCCUGAAGUCGGCUGGCUGCAGACCGUUGCCCCCGGAAACGAGAGGCUGGGAAACAGCACUUUCCACUCCACACAUGAGAGUCGGACGAGCCAACGCUGACAGGACGUUACAAUUUUUGCAAUUAGAAAAAAAAUGUCACUAACAUAUCUCCCUCACACAGAGCGCAGUAACUUAGAUACAUUAAAUAAACAUAACACAGUAACCUCUGCACAAUGUUGCAGAAAUGUUUUAGACAGCAAAAUUAGAGGCACUUUUCUAUGACAUUGCUUAAAUGUUACAAUGUUUCAAAAAUGUAGUAAUGUUUGCAUUCAUGAAACAUUUCUGAAAAAUUGUUUGCUCUAUGGAUUGUUCUUGUUUUGCUCUGGGAAAGAGAUAAAAGCAUGUAGCUAGGUUUUUUGGGGGUUUCUCUCAAAUUGGAGGUGCAAAUUAGAUUGUUUUUUAAAAAUUGGUCCGAAGGGAUUCUUUAACAUUAGUUAUUUAAAGUGUCAUUUGAAAACUAUGAAAUGUAAAACAACACAGCCCUUUUGUUGCUGUGGUCUUUUGUUUCUGUGGUCACUAAAAAACUGAAGUAGUUCUGUGCUUGCUAAUCACAAAGGUGAAGAAGUGUUUGGUGAAAGUUUGUGGUUUGAUCUUGUGGUCAUCCGUGUCGGUACGAGAUCACAUGGGGCUCCCACUAACUCUUUACAUUGUUCACUAGUAUUUUAGUAAUUGAAACUUUAGAAAUAGAAGAGAAGUGAAUAUAAUCAUUCGGACAUGUAAGAAAAUGGUUUGUUCAGAAUAUACACUGUAUGUCAUAAGCUCAAGUACAGAAAACAUAGAACAUCUCUUGAUCAUUCCAUGGAAACUUCACAUGUUAUAAUAAAUUUCAGUAAGAUAGCCCAUUUAGUCAAAAUAAUUGUAAUUAUUUUAAUAAAAGCCCAAUUCAACAACGAUGCUGCAAUUAAUCUAAUACUGUUAUUCUAAGGAGUUUAAAAUACUCGGUAAUUAUUGUCAAUUCUCAAUUACAGUGCAUGUAAGUAUGUAUCUUUUAGCGAUCGUGAUUUUAACCCUUUGACAUAUACUACAUAGCUGUUAUGAAGUCUCUAAAAAUUGCUUUCAAGAAACAUUUUAAACUGGUGUCUCCCACAUUAUUGGAUAAAACACUUAACUGAUAUCCAGGAAAUGUGUGCGAGUAUUGCCCUCCAAAGUUUUUAUCCCAACUAGAACUAGGUUUGCAUGUUUAGUUAGUAAAUUUUUUGGUAAUGUGAAAACAAUAUAUCCAGCUUCAAUUUGAGUGCAAAUUUGUUUUUCGCGUAAUUAUGGAAAAUAAGUCUAUGACACAUUCAACCAUGUAUAAGUCACUUUUUUAUGUGCAUGCCAAAGAGUGAAUAUAGACAUAGAGCAAUUUUAGAGUUUUUUGCACCAUUGAUUAAACAUUAGUUUUACCCUGUUUUUGGAAUUCUAAAAUCUAAGCCCAAGUAUGAAAAAUUAAGGAAUUUGUUAGGUUUACAAUACUUUUUGUUGUGUAAAAAUCUUCGCUCUCUGUGUAUGGCUUUUGGUAGGAGUAAUUUUGUGAAAAUUAACGGAAGUCGAUGAAUGGAAAGGAAAACAUGACACAAAGGGAGCAGACCCACGUGUAGCAACAUAAACACAUAUAUAGGGUAAAACAAAAUUUAUUGAUGUGCCAAAUGAAACUUUAUGAUAUUACAACUAUCCUUUAAUACCUAAUAUUAUAAUUUAUAGUCAUAAAAAGAAAUAAUGUCAACUUGAAAAAUUUGUAAUACAAUUUAGUUAACAUUGAAAUUUAGAGAUAGGGCAGCAUUCGUCAAACUAUAGAGGGACAAUAAAUUGUUAGCCCUAAAUAUAUUCAACGCAAUAUUGAAUAAAAUAAUUCCGUGGUUAAAUUUUUAAUGUUAAAUCUAAAAUGUUGAAUCAGCUCAAUAAGGUUAAGGUUAAGGUUUGUUUUGUCGUCAAACAUUGUUUUGAAUUUGGAUUGGUUGUGAAAUUAUAUUCUGGUGUUGAAAUGCGAGAUGGUCGCUAUUGCCACCUGUGUUCUGGAAGUUGAGGGACAAAACAACGCACAAUUUCCCACAAGCGAAAAAUAUCAGAUCCGCUCAAGAAUUGAUUCUUGGCUGGCCAGCCAGAGGACCUGAACCCUGAGGUAGCAGGUCAGACAGCUCUGCUGAUGUAAUCGUUAAUGAAGUAUUUGGUAGUAGAAUGAAAACUGAAGUUCAAAAUUACUCAAGGGGCUCAAACACAUGUUUGGCGGUUCAAAACUGUGGGUAUAUUUGCAUGUGUGUGUGUACUUAUUCUUUGCUUCACAUGCCACAUGUAUUAUUGAAGUGAAACCUUUUUGGGCACGAUGGGAGUAAAAUUUCAAAGCCAAAUUUUAAUGCAAAGUUUUCAUGAAACAUUGUUGUGAAACAAUUUCUUGCUAACCCUACUUGAACUAGGUGUAUUUGUUUGGAAGGGAUCUGGGUUAGGAAAGACUAGGUUUGUUCCAAGCCGAAGCCUUUACGCCUAAACAUCCUGGGUUUCAGCCAUGCAUGAAGGGUAGCAUGCAUUGUUUGCUGUGUUCAGGGAUUGGCCAGCCAUGGCAGCGAAAGAUGCCAUGACUAACUCCCCUAUGUUUAACUCUAGACUGUAGCUGAGCACUUUCAUGCGGGAUGCAAAAAAAUCAUGCAUUAAAAUCAAGCAGGUUGGUUACAGGAAACAGAAGGCUGUUCUGAAAGAAGAGUUGGACAGAAUAGAAAGAAACUACUAAGUAAGGGGACGCUAAAAGGACGGAUAAUGGUUUUGGCGGGUGCAGAGAACUCGCCAGUCAUUGUUCACUUAAGCAGGCUCCACCUGGGUACUUUAAACCCUGUCACACUGCAGGGAUAGGCGGGUUACGGCAGUAGGGACCCGACUUGCUGGCAUCUAGUAAGGGAGUGCUUGGGCAGAGGGCAACACAGCGGGGUUUGAGCUUAUUGUUGUGCACCAUGCCGAGGGACCAUAUUCGCAAGAAAAUUGUGUUUUCAAGUACGUUAAUAAGGUUCGCAGGCUUUCACAGCCAUUUUCUGAAGUAGCUUGGGUUCUGGGUUGUAGCCACAUCCUUGGCGUAUAAUUCACAGACGUUUCGGUAGACAUUGCAGUCGCCAUCAUCAGGGAGCAGUUAUCUACUUACAAGUUAUCCUGCCUUUAUAUAUGUACUCUAGUCUGAGGGGUAGGUGCUUCCUGAUUGGCUGCAGCUGUGUGCCUUCCUUUCUUCUGGUUGGCUGGGCUGUUUUGCCAAUCAGGGGCGAUCUGUUUGAUGUUGGUUGUGGAGCUAUGUUUUGAGGAUUUCUAAAGAGAGGGUUCCAUAUUUUGCUUAAUUUGUAGCCUUUUUCUCUAUUAAUGUUUGCUGGGUGUUUUAAUAUUUCUACUGAUUCUCGAAUGUAUCUUUUCUUGUACUGUCGGAUUCCACACCAUAUCCAACAUCACUUCCAAACUGAUACAUAAAGUCUAGUUGUGGAAAAUCUCAAUUGAGUUCGUUAAUGGAUAAUAUCCGACCACAGGGGUAGAAAUGGAGGUUUUUUUUUUUUGAAAAACAGAAAAUUCUCUGUAACUCCCUUAAUAUGAUGAAUAUCACAUACAUUUGAACUUAUUAUAACUCAUGGGAUUAAUACCAAAAGCUUUUGUCUGAAAAAGUUGUUGAUACCAACAAACAUAACUGCAAGGGGUGGAAAUAACGAGGGUAGAAAGAUCAAAUGUCUUUACUUUUUAAAAAAAAUAGAUAUACCAUCAAGUCCAUUAUAAUUUAUUGUAAAACUCUUACAUUUUACCUAAAAUCUUUGGCUGUAACAAUUUUGAUGAAAUGAACUAUUACCGUAAAAACAGGGGUUGAAUUUUUUAAAAAAAUUUAAAACUUUGUUACUAUCAAAUUUGUCGGAAUUUAUUAAUAACAUUCUCAAUAUUACCCUAAUCUUUGUCCAAAAAUUUUUUAUACAACCAUGUAUUAAUUAGUACAAGGGAUAAAAAAUAGUGUUUGAAGAUUAAAAAUAAUUGCACAACUACCUUUGUAGAUAUAUUAUGAAAUUUGUUAAGACAUUCAAUGCUUGAUACAUUAAGUUAAAAAAACAUUCAAAAUAUUUUAGCUGCAUGGAAUAUGAUAAAAUGUUUAUUCAGUAUUUUUUUAAAUAUUGGUGGAACAUAUAAGUGGUUAUCUACAUUAAGUUCUUAAAAUGUUCUAGGAGUUUAUAGAAGUUUCCAAAACAUUUCCAGAAGAAAUACGUAUUUUUAAAUCUGCCUAUGCCUGUAGGCUGUACCAAAAGGGACUUUUUUUUUAAGUGGCUGUUUUCAAGUGGAAUUAAUUUUGUUGUUGGACAAUAAUAAUACAUAUAUGUAUUAGUUUUUAUUCAAUCACAGGAAGCAAGACAUUGUUAGCUUGCUUAAUGGCUAUGGCCAUUGAUAUAUCUAUUGUUAUUUUUGGUAUUUUCGUUAAUUUUGUACUGCUGUUUCUUCUUCUAUAGCCUACUAUUAAAUUAGCUGCAAGAAAUAAGAAUUCUAAGUGAAGUGCAAAAUGUGCCCUAAGUCUGUGUACAUACUCCCAUGAUGGUUAAGUGUGAGAAAAAACAUGCGUACGUUAAAAUGUGAAAAUUUAAGGUAAGGCAUUUAUGCAUGUAUUGCUAACACGUGUUGCCUUGUAAGUGUAUUUUGUACAUGGGAGUUUGCUGGUUCCCAAUACACAAAAAAAACCUUCGCUGUGGUCAAUAAAGCUAGAGGGAUGUUAUUUUAUUAGAUAGAGAAGAUACAUUCUUCUCAAAUAUCUACUAUCCUGUAGAAAAAAGCAUAGAUAGCAUAUUUUACUCUAUGAACUCAAAUAAAUUAAUACUAUUGAAAGUUAAUACCGAGAUGCUAAAUUUAAAUUUGACUCGUGGCCUCGUAUUGCAUAUAGUUUCGUUUGUAAAGUUUGAUGUCAGCAAUAAUAAUUAAUGUAAUUAUUACUUGUAGAGAUGCCAAUCAGACAGCCUAUAAUUAUUUCACAUUAUGCAAAUCUGUAUCCUCCGUAAGUAGUAUGUAAAUGCCGGUCCGGAAACUGGUGCCAGUGCGUGGUGUCGUGACGUCACAAUCCAAUAUGGCGGUCACCGACACCACACACGGGAACCAGUUUCCGGACCGCAUUUGCAUACUACUUCUGUAUCAGUAUUUUUAUACGUCUAGAUGAGGAAAAUAGCAUGUACAUAUCAGCUAGAAUUAAAGUAGGAACAUUUUCCCUCCAUUUAAAACGUACAAAAUGUUAAUAAUAGUUUGUAAAUCUGAUAUUUAGAGGUGAGAUUAAAUUGUGAUUAGCACUGACAUGCUAGUUUAUUCAUUAUAUAACACUAAGUUAAAAAUAAGAAAUAAGUUCAAAAUAAUCCAUUGCAUUAAAUAUUUAAUAUCUUUUUGUUUAUUUUUUUCUUUUAUCAAAGGCUUUUCAAGUAAAAAGUUAAAAUGAUUUGGUAACUGUUAGAAAAUAGCAGCUAUAUCAUCUGAGGCCAAAAUUGUAACACAUGAAAUUGCAUUAAUAAAAGCAAUAUAGACUAGUAUCCAAAAUAAGAAUUUUAAAAAAGGUGAAAUUCACUUUUGUGAAGCAUGAGCACUAGUUAUUUUCAAUAAAAUUAAUUAUGUUAAUACAUAUGUAUAUGAAAUCAUAAAAUCUUGUCUCUAGGUAUAGUACAUUGUGUAAAAUGUUAGUACUCAUUGGUUUGUUGUUAAGUGAUGACCAAUGUAAUCUCUUGGAUUGAGAAGUCAAAGGUUUGAAUAAAAUAGUGACUACAUUAAAA